GAUGUGACGCAGGGCACGGAAGUGGCUGUUGGGGACCGGAAGUAGCGGGCGGCGGGAUCGAGUCGCUUUCUCGGAGUUUCUGAAAAUCACCGCGAGGCCCCGGGGCUGCACCGAGACCGAGAGACCAUGUCAGAUGAGCUGGCAAAGCAGCUGGCCAGUUAUAAGGCACAACUUCAACAAGUAGAAGCUGCGUUAUCUACUGAUGCAGAAAAUGAAGAUCUCCUUAAAUUACAAAAGGAUUUGCAGGAAGUUAUAGAGCUGACCAGAGAUCUGUUAUCAAAUCAGCCUUCUGUUGCUGCAACUAAUGCAGACAACUCAGCAAAUUCCAUGCCUAGUCAUAAAUGGAAGACUGGUGACAAGUGUAUGGCUGUUUGGAAUGAAGAUGGACAAUUGUAUGAAGCGGAGAUUGAAGAGAUUGACCAAGAAAAUGGUAUGGCUGCCAUCACCUUUUCUGGAUACGGUAAUGCUGAUGUGCUUCCCUUGGUCAACCUGAAACCUGUUGAAGAAGGAAAUGAUUCUGAAGAGCUGGGUGGUGACAAACCCAAAUCAAAGAAGGAAAUGGUUGCUCAACAGAGGGAGUAUAAGAAGAAGAAAGCAUUGAAAAAAGCUCAAAGAAUGAAGGAACUUGAACAGGAGCGCGAGGAACAAAAAGUAAAAUGGCAGCAGUUUAAUAACAGAGCCUAUUCCAAGAACAAGAAAGGACAGGUGAAGAAAAGCAUUUUUGCCUCACCUGAGAGUGUGACUGGAAAAGUUGGAGUUGGCACAUGCGGAAUAGCAGACAGACCGAUGACUCAGUACCAAGACACAUCGAAAUACAACGUGCGGCAUCUUAUGCCACAGUAGCUAGCACCUGUGUAAAGUAUUUCCAAGAUUAUGUAUUUCUUCCUAUUUUCUUUCGUGGAUGCCGUAUUACAUUAGUGCACUUUUAAUAGUUUUUUUUUGCCAAGUUCAUUUGGUCUAUCAGCACAAAAAUUGUAGCUGUGAAAAAGUUGAUUGUGUAUAGUUAUCCAUUACGGAGGCAGGUGGAGGCUUUGAUAAAUCAAUCUUCCUAUUUGAGGAAGUGUAAUUUUUACAAAUUGAAGUCUUUUUUUUUGUAUGUAUAAUUGGGCAAUUUUAACAAAUAAAAAACGUAAAAUUA